ACCAAUAAACACAGUAGUAAGAUUCGAGCCCUUGUCUUCAGUUGUCACUCUACUACUCUGGCCCCUCGCUCACCAAACUCCCUCUCUCGUCAAUGGCAGACUACGAACAAUACCAGCAACGGCAACACCACCCAGCAAUCCCGAAAGAGACGGCCCUCCAGGCCCUGAACACCAUAAUCCAGCUCCACUUCGAGAAGACCCUGGAGAAGAAGCGCUCCAUAGACCUCCAAAAGAAGGAGCUCCACAAGCUCUUCCAGCUCUUCUUCAUCUUCCUGGGCCUCAUCUUCCUUGCGGAGACCCAGUCCUCCCGCCUCCAGUGCCGCCAUUGCUGGAUCCCCAUCAUAAUCCUCUCCCUCUCCCAUCUCAUCUUCUACGUCUCUGUGGCCCAGACCCUCCGGUGCAUCAACGGGUUCAAGUACCAGAGGCGCUGCCACAAGCUCACUCUCGGGCUCGCCACUGAGAAGCUCAGGGAGAUGAAGAUGAGAAUGGGAGGCGGCGGGGAGCAGUUUGAUGGGGUCGGUGACGAUGAGUUUGAGAUUCAUUACCAGGAGCCCCCCGAGACUUACUUCGGUAAGUUUAAGAGGAACUGGGCUUUGCAUUUUGGCUUCUUGAUCUCGAUCUAUGCCUUUAUGGUCUCCUCCUCUGUUGUCCUCCUUUGCUUUUAGCAGAUGCCUUCUGCUUCUGGGAUUUGUAGGAAAUCUCUCUGAUUUCGUUCA